UAGUCUGAACCUCAUAUCGGGUAAAUCGAGCCAUGUCUUCUCAAGCCUCUUUCAUCCUCAUUUUCCUUUUCUCCUUCCUCACUACUAGCUUCCGAACUACUGCUGAAAGUCCCUCCUUCGUACACCAUCUUUGUCGGAAUACGACAAGGUAUUCAGCGAACAGCAUUUACUCCACCAAUCUCAAAACACUUUGGUCCUCUCUCUCUUCCGCCAACGCCUCAUACUCCACCGGAUUCCAAAACGCCACGGCCGGACAAGCCCCAAACCUGGUCACCGGGCUUUUCCUCUGCCGGGGAGACGUCUCGCCGGAAGAUUGUCGUGACUGCGUCUCCCUUUCCGUCAAAGACAUCGCAGCCAAGUGCACGAAUCAGAGAGAGGCCAUUAUCUAUUACGAUGAGUGUAUGCUCAGAUACUCUGACCAGAGCGUUUUCUCGAACCUCACAGUCGCUGACGGGUUUUUGAUGUAUAACGAUUACGAAACCGCACCUAAGGAUGUAGACCUGUUCAAAAAACUGGCGUUGACCACAAUGACGGAAGCUGCCUUUGAAGCGGCGAACAGUUCUCGAUAUUUCUUAACGAGAAAGGCCAAGGCGAUCGACUUCAAGGAUUUGUACUUCCUGGUUCAGUGCACUCCUGAUCUGACAAGAGAUGACUGUUUGUUCUGUCUACUAGAAUCCAUAAACGGUUUGCAUUUUGAAAAUAUUGGGUCGAGGCUUCUUUUUCCUAGCUGUAACUCUAGGUACGAAAAUUACAAGUUCUACAACGAAACCGAAGUUAAUACAACUACAACUAUCCUGCCACCUCCACCACCCCUAGCUGCGUCUACUACUCCACGACCUAGGAAAGGUGGUAAUUCAAAAGUGUUAGCCAUAGCCAUCCUUGUGGCUAUUAUAAUGGCUUUGCUACUUUCCAUAGCUGGUUAUUGUUUCCUUGCAAAGAGGAAAAAGAAGACUUCUGAUAAUGCACCAACCUUUUAUGGAGAUGAUAUGACAACGGUAGACUCGCUGCAACUUGAUUAUAGAACAAUUCAAGCUGCAACAAAUGAUUAUUCAGAAAAUAAUAAGAUCGGGCAAGGUGGAUUUGGCGAGGUUUACAAGGGUACAUUUUUGAAUGGGACUGAAGUUGCUGUAAAGAGACUGUCAAAAUCAUCGGGACAAGGUGAAACAGAGUUCAAAAACGAGGUUGUUGUUGUUGCAAAGCUUCAGCACAGAAAUUUGGUAAAGCUUAUGGGGUUUUCUCUAGAACGAGAAGAAAGAAUAUUAGUCUAUGAAUAUGUGCCCAACAAAAGCCUUGACUACUUCCUCUUUGACUCUACAAAGAAGGGCCAGCUAUACUGGACACGGCGAUACAAGAUCGUUGAAGGGAUUACUAGAGGGAUGCUAUAUCUUCAUCAAGAUUCACGACUCACAAUCAUACACCGUGACCUCAAAACAAGCAAUAUUCUUCUGGAUGGAGAUAUGAAUCCAAAAAUUGCUGAUUUUGGAAUGGCAAGGAUCUUUGGAAUGGAGCAAACUCAGGAAAACACAAACAGAAUUGUCGGUACCCACGGUUACAUGUCUCCCGAAUAUGUUAUCCAUGGCCAGUUCUCAAUGAAAUCCGAUGUCUAUAGCUUCGGAGUGUUAGUUCUUGAGAUUAUAACUGGUAGGAAAAAUAGUAGCUUCUAUGAGAGAGACGGUGCACAUAACUUGGUCACAUAUGCUUGGAGACUCUGGAAUAACAAAACAGAGUUAGACCUUGUGGAUCCAGUAAUAGUAGAUAAUUGUCAGAUGAGUGAAGUGGUUCGAUGCAUCCAUAUUGGUCUUUUAUGUGUUCAAGAAGAUCCUAUAGAGCGUCCGACCUUUUCAACCAUUUUGAUGAUGCUCACUAGUAACAGUGUGAUUUUACCAGUGCCUCAACAACCAGGGUUUGUCAUUCAGACUAAACCGAAAAAAGAUCUGCCUGAUUCGAAUCAAUCUACGAUGACCAAGUCUGGUAUAAGGUCUGUUGGUGAUGCAUCUGGUCACUGACUAAUUGGUAUUUAUUGAAAACACGUGUUGUUUUUGGUUGACAAAAAGUUCAAAACUUGUUUCAGCGAUCUUUAAUCCGGUACGUACUACGUAGUAGUUUCGUUUUGAUUUGGUUUGAUUAUAGUUUGACAAAAUCAAAAUUUAUGUGAUUUC